AUGGCGGUACCAAUCGAAAUACUUGGGCUGGAGAAUCUCCUUGCGGAGAGAGUGUAUAUAAAGUGGGUUGAUGACGACGGCUGUUGGACACUAGGUUCUUGCAUGCCUUGCAACAAAAAAAAAGUCGACAUUAUUAUGAAAGUGGUCUGCAAUUCUAAAUCUAAACGAGAUGUUCAUAUACAGUUCUCAAUUAAGGUGGCCAUCAAGAUUUCUGGCAAGCGUCAUUACAUGUAUAUGUUGUUAGCUGUUCCACCACAUGGUGACUUUCAAUAUGCUUCAGAGGAUGCUUCGAUACAGAAGCUUGAUGAUUUAUCUUAUCUUGAUGCAUCCGCUCUUCAUGAAGCCGGUAUAAGCAAUUUAGAGCGUAUUAUUGUUCUAAAUUUUGAUAUUCGAUUCGCGGGAUUUGUGGUUCAAAAAGAGAAAGAGUCUACAAGUAUCUGUCCCUUCAACAAAACGUCCAGCAAAUUGAUCCGUGCGAUUAAGUCUUUAUCUCUCAUGAAGAAAUUUAAGGUAUAUAUUAGACCCAGCGAUUAUGCGCGGCAACAUUUGAAAGAAAUUCGCGAGUGCUUGCAUGAUACAAGUGUAGAGGUUUGUGAAUCUGACUUGGGGAAGCUAUACUUCAAAAAAGGCAUUACACUAGUGAACUGGACGCAUUUUAAACAUAAGGAGCAUAAGGAACCUCAGGAUCAACCACCGCCACUAUACACCGCCAACGAUACACAGAGGGCGACGGAAGUGCAGGUUCCCCGUUCACCAUUGAUCGUAUACAUAGAUAAGAAGUCAUCACCCAGCAUAGACGAAGCCAUUAUUCCAGUGACACCGAGUCCUGUGCCGGUGUGCCACGGUAUCUUCUCGUCUAGCCCUGAAGAACUGUCAGAUAUCGGAGAAGGCUCGUACCUUGAUGAUGAUUACAAGGAUCUAGGACGUGUGGAGGUGAACUCGGAUGAGGAGUACCUCGCCGAGUUCAAUGCUAGACAACUGGAUGAAGCAUACCUCACCGAUAUUCGAGAAACAAGCCGACGACUCAGACAAGACGCUACCUCGGAGGCUUUGGCGUCAGAAUUUAGGGAGUGGUUGGAUGCAGCAGCAAAACUAAACCCAAAUGUUCUAGAACAUAGAGGACUGACUUCCAAAUUACUUACUCUUGGUGAAAGUGUCCGUGAGUCUGAUGUUGCAAAGUUCGACGCUGUUAGACCCUGGUGCUCUGCGCUGUUGUUCUACAACCCGACAGAUUCAAGCAGCACCUCCGAGUUGCAAGAUUCGACCCAUCGAUUGCUCGUCUCAGAUAUGGCUGGGCUCAUCAAGUCAAUCAACACAUUUCAACGUGGUGCUGAGAUGGCUUUUCUGAUGGAAGAUUUCAUAAAACUAGGUGGUGCUGCUCGCGCAGGUAAUAAGGAGCAGUAUACACGUUGUAAAGUUGAAUGUCAAUUUCGGAUAUUGGUCGACGAGAAGAGCAGCAAGGGCUUGUCCAGCAAAAGAAACACUUCGGAAAUUGAUAGCAAUGUGUAUAAACGAACCAGAACAGCGGCGUAA